AUGACACAUUCCGGAUAUCGCACAAAAUAUACUGAUUUAGACAAGUCAUUCAGCAGAAGGAGGAAAAGAAUUUCGCCCUCAGAGAUUAUUGAGGAUCAUUUACACUUAUCUAGCGAGGCCAAAGUGUUUUUCAUAUUGGAACCAGGACACGACAGCCUUGGAAUGAAUUGCUCAAACAUUGGCGACUACCUAGAUGUUGCAUCUGCUUAUGACCGGUGGAAGGAUGGCAAGACUUUGACGAUGCCAGAAUGCAGGAUCGAGAACAGCCGGUCAUUAGACAUGGGUUUCGACCGGUUCCCAAGCCAACCGGUGUCAGACGCAUCGGAUAUGGGGUUCCCUCUGUCCAAUACUAACCGGUCUUCAAUUGCCACACCUAUAUCCGAGUUGGACAUGGGAUUUCCACCUGGCCAUUCAUUCAAUACCAAUGAUUUCGCGGAGCCGGCGACCAGCUCUCUGAACUUCCUGGCACACAAUCAACUGGCUGGUGGCUCAGUCAAUGAUGUUUCGGUGAAAGACAGCCCUUUGGACAUGGGUUUCAAUUCACCUCCGGUUCAACACGGUCAUCCGGAUAUUGACAUGGGCUUUCGUUCACCGGUUCAACAUCAUGAUCCGGACCAGAGGUCGUUAGACAUGGGCUUUCAUUCACCUCAGGCUCAACAUCAUGAUCCAGACCAGAUGUCAUUAGACAUGGGCUUUUAUUCACCUCCGGUUCAACAUCGUGAUCCGGAGCAGAUGUCAUUUGACAUGGGUUUUAAUUCGCCUGUGGUUCAACAUGAUCAUCCGGACCAGAGGCCUUCCAGUGUUGAUCCGGUUGAUAUUCCAGAUCAGUCAAUGGGUCUUCGAUCGGAAGAGACACCUUUGGGCAUGGGCUUUGGGACAGAUCCGGCACAUGAUCUUGCUCAUCAAUUGAAUAUUCAACCAGAAGAGACCCCUUUGGAGAUGGCUAGUGAACCGGAACCUAUCGGAUUUGUGAUUCAGCAUGCUGUAGGUGACUUGUGCUUGGCAAUGCACUGGUUGGAGAUGGAAAGGGCUCAUGGUACAAUGUCGCUGGAAGAAGCACUUGUCAGCGAGGAAGUUCUUCAGUCCACCAGUGAGUUAUUAUUGGCAUUUCAACUUAUAUCAAUAUACCAACUGUCGACAUGA